AUGGGUGAUGAGAAUCAGGCAUCCAAUUCAGCGCUAUCCGAACUGGUGCAAUUUCUUGAACCACAUGCUCGUACGGAUAUAAGGCAUUCAGCAAUCGCCUACAUUGUCGGUGUUUCAGCCACUGAGCAAGGUGCCGAACUCUUCAAGAAAGAUGAUUUUGCAUUAUUGCGAGCAGUUUGCUCGUUGUAUGAAUCGACACCGUCAGAUCGAUCAGCUCUUCUGUCUGCUUUAACAAAUAUUGCAUCAAGUGAUAUUGUCACUUCAAAUUUUAUCAUUGAAAACAGUCGACUGGUCACUAUCACUACAGAAAGUUGUCACAAACGUGACGAUGUUGCUGCAUUCUCAGCUAAACUAUUAUCAAAUCUUUCUUUGCAUUUCCCGUCCAAGGUAUUCCCAAGCAUUGUUCACAUUUGGGAAACAUUCGUAACGGAUGUUGUGGCAUUGUUGAAUGAGAAUGCAUCCGAAGAUUUUGUUGAUUAUUUGGGUUAUGUUCUGGUGAAUUCUACUGAAUUGCGCAAUGUAAGAAGUGAGAUUUGCACUGAGCAUCUUCAAUCACUAUUACCGUUGAUUAAUCAAAAUCAACAACCAAAACGACGUCUGAUUGCGGUUAAUAUCAUACGGAAUCUGUGUUUUGAUGACGAGAAUCAUGAACGCUUAUUAGACAAAGACGAUGAAUUCUUGAGUUGUAUCGUGAAACCGUUGGCUGACAGCAAUGAUGAACUAGAUGAGGAUGAAAUCGAGAAGUUACCUCUCCAACUACAGUAUUACGAUCAACCUCGAUUAAAGGAUCCGAUAAUCAUAAACUCAAUCAUUGAUGCGCUAUAUCAGUUGUGUGCUACAGCGUAUGGACGUAACGUACUGCGGAACAAAGGAAUAUAUGCGUUAUUACGUGAACUUGAUAAGUCGAUGAAUAAGGGUAGCAGCAGUAGGAGUGAGCAUAAAAAAAUCGAAGUGGGUAAAAUGGUGCUGUUGGAAAAUGAAUCAGAGUCGCCGUUGCAUGCAUUAAUUGGGAUGUUAAUUCGAGACGAAUGUGAUAUUCGACUGAGUGACAGUGAUUGCUCGACAAUAAGACAUUUGAAAUGA